AGAAUAUUUCGUACGGAUCAAAAACCCAGCAUCUUUCUACCUCCCAUGAACCUUUUAAGUUCGACCUCUUUCAAACGAUCAAUUCUCCAAACUCGUCUUCAGGCUCGCCAGACAUGGCCUCCUCCAGACCCAACUCGAAUAGAAGUACAAAGGUCGAAGCCAAGGUUCAUACCCGAUGGAUGGCAAGUCUUGGCGUCAAGUUUGACCCUACGAAAUUUGCCCCGAAGGUGGUUAAGAACUCAGCGAAGGCAAAUGCAACAGCUACCUCUGCAACCGCUGGAGCAGACGCCGCACUUGCAGCACUCCAAAGCUCACUUGCGGAGGAGAACGCGAAGAAACAAGGAAACACGACAAAGCUCAUCAAGGACGGAAGCUUGCCGGCUCCUGGCCGCCGAGGUCAAGUGAAGCCUUCCAAUAAAUCAAAGUUCUUGUCACAAAAUCGUCUUGGCAGUGAUACCACGCGAUCGAUGCCCUCGAGCCCGGCUCUCAGUGGUGUUGGCUCCCCAUCGCUUGGUCCCACCUCGGUUCCUCUAUCUCAGCAGCAAGCGGAACAAGCGAAGGCCGUUCGCAAGCCAGUGAUACACCUCCUCGCGGUUGAACCAAUGACAGAGAAAGAAGUCAGGGAGAAGAUUGACGACGAAGGACAAGAACAAUUGAUGGUAGCCUUAUUGAGAGUCGGCGAUUUGAACCAGACAACUAAGAAAUGGGAGUUGAGAAAGUCGUUCUUCAAGGAACUCGAUGUUUGGGCUUUCGAAUAUUCCACGACAGCCGAUCGUCAGCGCGCAAUCGACAAUGCUGUCAAGCAGUACGAUAAGAUGAGGCUAGGCGUCAGUGAACCCCAAUGGGACCGACUCUUAGAGAAGUCGGAACGCGGAACAGGCAAAUGCCUCAGUAAGCUCCAAGCCCAAAUCGCUGCCGGACCAGUUGCCAGAGGACCCAAGAUCAACGUUCAGAAAGCCGACGAGUCCGGUCGAGAUACUCCUAACGGCGAUGAUGAUGUUUUAAUGGAUAAGAAGGUGUCCAAGAUCAAGGGGGAGAGCCUGAGUCGCUCAGUCUCCCAGCCGCCACCAACAAAGUCGAAGAAGGUUAGCGAGAAGGAGAGUCAAGCCAAGAGACUGCUCUCGAAGAACCCAGCGAAGUCUGCAACGAAAUCUGCUCCGGCUAAGAAGGCUCCCCCACCCAAAACUGGCACCAAAGUUCUGUCCUCAGAAUUCGUGAACGAUUCGGACGAAGAAGACGAUUACCCAGUCCCGGCGAAGCCAGCCCCAAAGCCGAUGAAGCGUUCUAGAGAUGAGGAUCUCGACACAAGUGAUUCCAGUAUCCCUCUAAGUAAGAAGGUCAAGAAGGACACUCCCACUACUCACAGGGUCUCUGACGCGAGCCAAUCGUCCCGAACAACCACUUCCUCACAUUACUCUUCCUCCAGCAGCAAGAUAAAGGGUAACUCGCCUCAGAAGUCAUCACCUCUUGCCUCCUCACCACCGACGAACGCCUCCGAUAUGGAGAGCACUUCCGGCGAACGAACCUCAUCAUCCGAAUCACCAGCAAGACAUCUCUCAACCAAGAAUUCCCGUUCCCCAAUCCACAAGCGGCACCAAAAGUCUUCGUCCGUCUCCUCAUCCGGCUCAUCUCGAUGCCUCAAGCCAGAGGUCACGGAUAUGGCGAGGAGAUUUAAGAUGUUUUACCCGAAGUACAAAGCUCUUCAUCAAGAGUUGGCCUCGAUGGGCGAGCACCGCGACAAGCAGAAAGAAAAGGAUCUAUUCGACAUGCAUGCUCGCCUGGCCCAGAUGAAGAAGGAGAUCGAGGCUGGUAUUAUCGAUGUUGAUCAAAGGAGUGACUAAGCAUAUGGGCGGGGUUUUCUUAACUGCAUGGCGAGGUGUUGGUACAAUGGAGUUUACGGAAGAUUUGGCGUUGGCAUGGAACAAUGAGCACUAAAAGAUGUACUAUUGCAUGGAAGGGGCAUUUACGAAUGAAUGCAGGCAUGGUGGCACCAUACGAUAUGAAUGAAGGUCAUUGAGAACUGAAAACUGCCUCCUCUGAAUGUGGCUUGUGAUAUCCGUGCCUUUUUAAGACCCAGUGGUCUCCAUUUCUCAAUAUCCUCACAUCACUUGAUGCACUGGAUAGGUAAGCGAU